GCCUAACAGAAAAGUCGGUCCUUUGCAUAAGCAACAGCGUUGGCCUAGCUUAUGUCAGUCAGUCGCGCUAUUGGUUUGGUGCAGAUCGUGCGCGGAACAGUUGACAGUACUGCCGGUAGUACUCGUGGUUCGCGGUGCACUAGAUUAGAUGAUAGUUCGCUACGGUCAAGGAUGAGAGAAGAGUUUUAAUGUCGGGCACUAGUUCUUGUUUUUGAUUGAAUUCAAUUUGCAGAAAUUGGUUUGAGUGCGAGCGAAACAGCUAAGAAGCAAUGAAAGUCGCCCGGGUCAAUUGACUGGCCUCCACACUUGGGUCUAGAGAUAAGACACCCAAACCAUGAGAUGCUACCAAAAACCCUCCAGGUGUGUUGGAAUGGCGACGGCAAGAGGAACCGCCGACAUCGACUGAUGAAGCAUGGUCCUCCUCAUCAACCAUGCUCGCACUGAUUAAGAACGAUGGGUCGACGCAAAAAAAUCCUGAAACUCCUCCUGGGAGUCCUGAUAGGCUUCGUAGCGUCGAACUUCAACACAUUGACAACAUUCAGCGAGCCCCCUUGCGCCUCCAGCCAGAUAACCCCCUACCGGCUGAUCGAGGAGGAAGACGCGCGCGCCUCCAACAAGAACCUCAUCUUCGUGGGGGUAAUGACGGCGGCCAAGUACCUGGACACCCGCGCCAAGGCCGUCUACGACACCUGGGGGAGGGAAGUGCCCGGGAAGGUGAUGUUUUUCAGUUCGGAGUUUUCGUAUAGUGAACACGUUCCGCUGGUGCCGUUGGCAGGGGUUGACGACAGUUAUCCCCCGCAGAAGAAGUCGUUUUUGAUGCUGAAGUAUAUGUACGAGCACUAUAUUGAUCAGUACGAGUGGUUCGUGAGGGCUGAUGAUGAUGUCUAUGUACGCACGGAUAAACUAGAAGAGCUGCUGAGGUCGGUGGACAGCAGGAAGCCGUGGUUUAUAGAUGCAAGUAAUCCUGUACCAUAAUCAAAGCGGCGAGGCGGCCUUUUCCGGUGACCUGAAACAAAAAGAAGUCCACAGAGCCAUCACGCUGCAUCCUGUCAAGCAGCCGCACUCCAUGUACCGACUACACAAAUACCUCAAGGGAUUGAAGGUACAAAAACAUCUGCAGGAAAACCUUCUGCUCCAUCGCGACAUAGCAAUCUCGAUGAAGGAACUAGGCCAUCGAAUCAGCAGCUUAGAUAAAGCGCAAAUCGUUCCGGAUCUUCCACUCUUUCCUAUACGUCGAGGAUCUCCAGGUUAUCUUGGCGACACGAACACACUGGGUGUGCCGACAAGUUUGAACAGAUACACUCCGCAUAGGUUAGAAGACGUUUUGGAGUGGGAAAUGAUUUCGAAAAACUUGUACUCGCAUAGAGACCUCAAUCCUAGGAGAAGAAUCGGGUCUUCCUUGAAGGAAGGGUUAGGUGAUGUCGUGAGGGAGAUCAUGGAACUCGUCAAUUCAUAUUCGAAGCAAAGAGGGAGAGUAAUAGACUUCAAAGAUAUCCUGUAUGGAUAUUGGAGGGUGAAUCCCGUGUACGGGGUGGACCUUAUUCUGGAUCUUCUGUUAGUAUAUCGGAAGUACAGAGGGCACAAGAUGACUGUGCAAGUGAGAAGGCAUGCGUAUGUGCAACAAACAUUCUCAGGAAUCUUCAUCCGAGAAGUGGACUACCGCCCAAACACCACCCAAAGUCUAGUCAGCACGGAAUCUUUACCAGUCCACAAGCAAAUAGUAAACCAACUCUUCUCGAAAAUCACCGAGCAACUCCAGCCGAUCUUCAGUUACCACAACAGCUCCACCGAGACCUUGAUCAACUUCAUCCUCCCCCUGAGUGGCCGAUUCAACAUCUUCAAGAGGUUCAUGAACAUGUACGAACAAGUCUGCUUGACGGACCGAGAAAACACGAGGCUGUUCAUCGUUCUGUUCAAGAACGAAGACUCUCCCGAGGAUCAUCGCUUGAGCUCCGAACUAGUGAGGGGUCUGACGACAAGGUACCCCGAUAGCCCUAUCAGGGUCGUGCUCUCCAAUGAGACUUUCUCCAGAGGCAAAGCCUUGCAGCUAGGGGUCAACGAACUCAGCGAGGAGAGCCUAAUGCUGUUCAUCGACGUCGACAUGGUUUUUGACAAGCAGAGCCUGCAGAGGAUACGCAGGAACACGGUGUUGAACAAGCAGGUGUACUUUCCGAUAGUUUACAGCCUGUACAACCCCGGAUUGUUGAACAGGUCCUACCUAGGGGCCGAUUACUCGGAGUUUACCCCGGAUAUCAUCAACGAACAGUCCGGCUUCUGGAGGCAGUUUGGUUUCGGUAUAGUGAGUCUCUACAAGAGCGAUUACUUGUCGCUGGGGGGCUUCAACUUGAUGAUCUCAGGGUGGGGGUAUGAGGACGUGACGUUUUUCGAUAACGCCGUUAGAUCUAACCUCAAAAUCUUCAGGGUAGCGGACCCGGGAUUAAUUCACGUGUUUCAUUCGGUGAAGUGCGAUAGUCGGUUGGAUUUGAGCCAAAAAAGUAUGUGUUUGGGGACUAAGGCUAGCACUCUGGGGUCUGUUUCUAGGUUACAGGAUAUUUUUUUGAAAUACAAGGACUUGUUUAGGUAACAGAAACUCAAGCGGGGUGUGGAUUUGUUCGUCUGUGAUUUAGUGUUAUUUAUGUUUAGAGUUCGGAGAAGUGUGCAAGGGCUUUCGAAUGUUUCUAAAAGUUUUAGUUGAGUUCAAUAGGUAUGUUGUAAACAUUCGAAAACAUUUGCAUGAGCCGAAAGGAAAAGUAUACUCAUUUAGAUAAUUUUAUGUUGCCAUUAGUUAUAGUUUCUACAACUCAACAAAAUAUGUCAGUUUCAACAAGAAGUAAUAGAAAUAAUAAUAAUAGUGAGAAUUAUUGUCAACUUGUUACUACCAGAACUCAAGUUGUUAUUUAUAGUUUUAUAUGGAUGUUUAUAACAAUUUUUCUGGUAUCAUCACUAUAAUACCUGCAGAAGUUUUAAGCAAAGAUCGUGAAAUUUGUGAUCACAUCUUUCAAUUGCUCAAAAAUAAACAUUAACGAAAGACUAUGGAAAAAUGUCAUAUUCGCCUCGAUACUUACUUCAAAUUUUUUUAUAAUCAAUCUGUAUAUUAUUAAAAGCAACCAAACAUUUCUG